GACUAUGUGUUAGCUUAUGAAGAAGGUGUUGGUGGUGGCGAUACUAGCGAUUCUCCAUCCUAUGCUGAAGAAAAUAUAGAUGAGGAUGAAGACGAAGAUGACAAGGCUACACAGAUGUCUGCGUUCAGUAAGCUAGAGAAGAGACAAAAUAGGCGAUACUAUUUCGAGACGAACUUGCAGAAGAUGGGAUUGGAGAUUGAACGACGUUCGAUCUCACCUUUGUUGGGUCGCACUCGAUUUGUUCUUUUGCAUGCACCGUUUCCUGUUUUGGAGAAGCAAGCGCAAUUGCUCUGUGUGAAGCUUCCAGUGCAACAAAGUGACGUUGAUUUCCAGGAUCGGACGGCACUUCCCGGCUUCCUUGAUAGUUUACUUUCUCGAAUUGGUAUUUUUGAGUUUGAUGCGAAAACUAGGAAAAUCUUGGAGGAGCCAGAUUUUUUCACUGCACCCUAUUCUAGUGAUAGGCGGAAACAGUUUGUAAACUGGGAUCGACCAGACAUCCUCUUCCCACAUUCGGAGCGAUCUCGAAUGGUUUAUGAUCUGCUUACUCGAGCGCAUUACGAUAAUCCACAUCUCGCAUCGAGAAUGCGCAAUCACUACCGAUUUGGAAUCGAACGAUUGAUC